GGGGCCGGGCGGGGGGAGCCGGUCCCCGUCCCCGUCCCCGCCGCCGCCCCCCCCGCGGGCUCCCGGCCGCCCACCCCUCCCGUUCCGCAGCUCCUUCCCUUGCAGCGGGGCUGGGUGCUCGGUGCAGGGAAUGGGGCACCCCGGUCCCGUUUCUCACUCCGUUACCCUAACGCGGGGGAGCCCCUGCGGGGAGCGGGAGCGCCGUGCCCGCCCCGCCGCGCAGGUGAGCGGGGGCCCGGUCGCCACCACACCCCACCCCAGCGGGGCCGGGCCGCCCCGCCUUUGUCUCCGUCCUUUGUCUGCCCCGGGCAGGGACCGGGCAGGGACUGCUCCUGCCACCCGCCGCGCACCCUGCGCUCCCGUGGGUACCCCUCCUCCUCCGCACCGGGCACCCCCUCAUCAUGCGCCCCUCGCACCCCCCUACAGCACCCUCUGCACCCCUCCGGGCCCAGCACACCCUGAGCCCCUCCGCCCCUCCCAGCCCCACCUCCCCCCGCACCAUGCACCCCAGUCCCCCGGGAUUCCCGGCGUCCCCAGUUCCUUUCCACAUUCCCCCACUGCCUUCCCCCUGUCUCCUCCUCCUCCUCCUCCUCCUCCUCCUCUCGGGUUUGAACACCCCCCUGCCCCCCCGGCAGACCUGCCUCCCCUCCCGCUGCAUGCACAGCCGCUGCCCUGCCCUGCCUGCCGGGCUCAGCCCAGACCGAGGAGCUGCGGACAGGAUUGUGACCAUCCGCUACUAACCCAAAAUGGAUCAGAAAUAGUGGCUGAGACAGCACUGCAACUCACUCAUCAGCACUGAGCCUUCACCCUGGGUAGCUCUAAGGCCUUAUCUUUGCUUUACACAUUUUCUUCUUAGUAGGCAGGUUUGGUACCUCAAGAGGCAGGUGGCUCGUAAUCCUGAGGGUCUACAAAGGAAGUGCAAGGCAUUGGGUGGAGCAAGGAGGAUGUAGGUCUGGUGUUGUGAAGAGCUACAGGGGCAGCUUAACUUGGCAAGUACUUCAGCUAUUUCUUUUAUUAAUAUAUGAAGCCUAAGAAGAGGAUGAAUUCUAGGCUUGCUGCAGCAUGUGUGAUUGUUUUAGAGCAAUUUAGGAAAGGUAUCUCCUUACAAGGACAGACCUCUUUCUGCCUGGCAUAUAUCUCAGGACAGAAUUUCACCCUUGGCAGAAAAGGUGCAUCAGCAGUGUGAGAACAUUGCUGUCACCUACAUCAACGAGCCUGGGGCUAGCAUGGUCUUUUGUGGACUGUGGUCCUGACAGAGGAGAGGGUGGAGUUUACUUUGGUGCUCAGACAUUGAGGAACCUGAGCACUGAGGAGAACUAGGGAUGCUGUUGUGUUAUCUAGCUGCCUUUUGGAAGUGUGAAUUUUACAGCUUCUGUAGGGUAAGAAAAACGGAGGCGGUAGGAAAAGGUUUCCGAAGUUAAAGAUAGACUAGGGCAUGGAAACAAGUGGUUAAGAGAAGGCUGGGACUUCUGCGCCUCUAGCACAGCAGUGUUGUAUUAAGCCAAGGUACCACAACUUGCAUGCGCUGUUUUGGUUUGGCAAACAGCUCAGAUCUCCCCUGACAACAGUGCAGUACAGGUAUUUACCUGCAUUAUUAAUGCAAGAUCCCCAGAGACACAGUAACACAGCAUGUUAGCCUGCCCUCUCAGCCAGCGCGGAGAUGAGGUGACCCACGUGCUCUAGCUGCACUUUCAACCUGUGUCAUGCCAGCAAGACAGCUGGGUAGCUUAAAUAAAUACCCCCUACACUUUGAAGCAGACCUUCUGUUUAACUGCCCUGUAGCAUUUAGCUGCUUUCUAGCUCCUGCUGAAAACCAGAAUCUGCAGCUAGUGUGUCUGUCAGGUUCACCAUCAAAAGGGCUCAUGUCUGUGUGAGUGAGAUUGGAGACACCUGCCUCGCAUUCUCUUUGCACUUGUUCUCUCUUGAUAUUUUGCCUACAGAUGAAAAGGAGGUGAGGCAGAGCACCCAGGAUUAUGGCAACUUCUUCCACCUUCUUCUCUCCUUUCCUUUUCCUGUGUAUGCUGGUUCUUUCUGACGUCAGUCUCGCAGUAUCCCUGGAGCCUGGCACAAAGCUCAAAAAUGUCCCAGAGAACAACAACCAUCUUCAAAACCAAGAGAUGUGGCUGCAGCAGCCCAGAAGUGGGCAUCACCACAAGCAUGGCUUGGCCAAGAAGGAGAGGGUCCAUGCCAUGUCUUCUAGAGGGCAGCCAGCUGGGGAAGAGACCCUCAGAAUGGGUAGUGGAGCUCCAGCUGUGGAAGAGCUGGUGGCAGAGGGGCAGCCAGCAGCCCUGAAACAGAAUAAAGAUGUGUUCCUGGGUUUUGAGUUCCCAUAUCCUGAGAGGGAGAACCAGUCCCCUGGGUCUGAGAGAGGAAAGAAGCAGAACCGAGAGCAUCGGCGACACAGCCGCAGGGACAGGCUGAAGCACCACAGAGGGAAGACUUCUGAUGCUGGGCCAAGUUCCCUGUACAAGAAACCUGAAAGCUUUGAAGAACAGUUUCAAAACCUCCAGGCAGAGGAAGCUACAAGUCUCACUCCCACCAUGCUUCUCAUCACUGCAUUGGAACUAGCUGUUUCCACAGAAGAGCCUCCUGUUCUUCCAGCCACAUCACCACGGUCACAGGCCCGCCUCAGGCAAGACGGGGAUGUGAUGCCCACCCUCGAUAUGGCACUCUUUGACUGGACAGAUUAUGAGGAUCUCAAACCAGAAAUGUGGCCAUCUGCUAAAAAGAAAGAAAAACGCCGCAGUAAGACUCCCAACAGUGGAAAUGAAACCAUGAUGGCUGAAGGAGAGCCAUGUGAUCACCACCUUGACUGCCUCCCAGGCUCUUGCUGUGACUUGCGUGAACACCUCUGCAAACCACACAAUCGAGGCCUUAACAACAAAUGUUAUGAUGACUGUAUGUGCACUGAAGGGCUACGCUGUUAUGCCAAAUUCCACCGGAACCGAAGAGUGACCCGGAGAAAAGGGCGUUGUGUGGAGCCUGAAUCAGCCAACGGAGAGCAGGGAUCAUUCAUCAACAUUUAGGAGGGUGGGACUCCUGCCUGGAUGGUCAGGAGCUGGGGUCAAACUGUUUAUACCUAGCAAUAGGAAUUAGAGGAAAAAGUCAAGAAAAUGACUGAAGCUGCAGGCUCUGAACAUGCCAGGUUCAUAUAAGACUGAAGCUCAUGUUAAUUAUAGAGUGGCCUCAGCCUUUUCCAUACCAAGACUGCAUUCCCCCUCCCUUCCCGCACCGCAUUGCUGCCAUUGAGCUGGGUCCUCUCUCAGUUAGUAAGAGAUGAUCAUGACUAACAUUCUGAUGGUCCUCCAGGAAAAGGCUCUGCAGUUUCAUAUCAUCCUCUCAACAGAGGCAAUAUAUGAAAGAUCCUUCAGGUCAAAGGGGUUAUGAGCUUAAACUUUAUGCCUUAACUAUUGCUUGAGAAGAAAGGUAGAUCCUUCUUAAGGAUCAGAGGUUCCUAGAGGAUAGGAAGCUUGUAGCCUCCAGGUGGAAUCAAAGAUGGAAACGGAUCAGCAGGAACCUGGCUGCCUAGGUGAGAGGGGACCCUCUGACAGAGCUCUUGCUCUCUCCCUUGUUCACUGCUACAGACAGAUAUUCCCUAGCUGUUAUACACUACCACUUCCUACCUGUCAUCUUUGGGACCAUCCAGUCCCACUCCUUCCUUCCUUUCUUGCUUCCAGAGAGCCACCUGUUUUCUGCAAGGAUGCGGCAAGACAUCCCAGCCUGCAGCUCUCACUCAUUUAGUUAUCCUGCCAAGUCUGUUAUUUUUAAUGAUUAUUUUUAGGAGCUUUCUGGGGAAGUGAUAGUUUUCCUAGUGAGCCAAAAAUAAGGUUUUUGGUAACAGGAGAUAGGGACAGGCUGUUCCAUUGUAGUAAAUCCUGUGACGUUGCAUGUGUGUUUCCAUGAUAUGUAAAUAAAGACAUGAUAGAUA